GGCGAAACUGGGUCGAUAGGGAAGGGAAGCUGGACGCGCAGGCGCACUAGGCGAAGACGUUUCCCCCCUUACACAUUCGGUUUUUCUGCAGUAGUUUAGAUGGGACGUCGUUGCCGCUGUCAUUGGAAGUAAAGCGCGGGAUAGAUGGGUCCCUGAGACAUAGUUAAAGUGAUAUGCCUGAGGAAAGUGAUACUUUGCCAGAGCAAAUGUAAAAGAAGAACUAUGGAAAAACAAGAAAGCAGUAUUGAAGACAUUGGAGUAAGAAGUUCAAACGCAAUGACUGACAUUUGUGAUAUCCAACAGCAGACUUCUGAGGAACUUCUGUUCCACGAAGAAACCAUUGAUCUGGGAGGAGAUGAAUCUGCAUCUGAAGAAAAUGAAAACAUUGCAGAAGAUUCCAGUAACUUCAUAGACAAACUCAGUGAGCACAUGAUGGAGAGCGUUGUGAUAUCUGAUUCUCCAAAUAAUAGUGAAGAUGAUACUGGUGAUCUUGGCUGCCUGCAGGAAAUAGUAAAACAAAUUGAAGCAAAUGAUACCGAAGCAAUAGAAGGAGAGGAGCUUUUAGAAAGACAUGAAGUCAUUAGAAAUGAGAAGGACACAAAACUUGAAGCUACUGCCAAAAGUAUUUCUGAUUCGAGAAUUGAUUAUCAGUCCUCUUUAAAUGAAAAUCUGAUUCAGACGUCAGCAAAAAACGAACUGGAAGCAGAAUGUGACAAACUUUUAAAGUCUCCAUCAACCAUGGUUGAUGAAAGCAAACCAGAGGAAAUCAUUUCUACUCCGGUUGUCAUUAAAUCACCAAUUGAUUCAGAACCUAUUCCUAUCUGUACAAUCUUUAGCCAGGGAAAUCAAACAACUGGUCAGCAACAGUUUCUACACGAUGGCUUUGAGCCUCAAAUGGUGAAGUCACCCAGCCUUGGGGCUGUAAGUGAGACUCCCGUGAAAAUUCAUCCGCAGGUGGUUCAGCCUAGCCCAAGCCUAAGCAAAUUUUUUGGGGAAGCCAUUAGCAAUAACACAUUAGCUUCUGAUUUUUUUGAUUCCUUUACCACAUCAUCGUUUAUUUCGGUCAGUAACCCCAAUGCAAGCACAUCCGUACCCGAACAAAUGUCUUCUCUUGUAACAGUUGGGGAAUUGCAUGACUCUGCUAACCAUAAGUAUGGUCUUAAAAAUGGAAGAUCAGAACCUGGGAAAUCUGCGUCUUCUCCAGAAAUAUCUCAGUCUCCAAAGCCAUUUUCCCAGAUUCAAGCUGUUUUUCAAGUUGGCGAUGACCCUUUUGCCUCUGUGCUGAACAUGAGUGAGGUGGACAGAAGAAAUGAUGCAUGGCUUCCUAGUGAUGCAACUAGGAGUGUGUUGAUUUCAGUAGCUACCCAGCCAUAUAAUAAUAUUUUCAUAGACAAGGAGAAUGUGACCAUGCCGGGAUUAAAAUUUGACAAUAUUCAGGGUGAUGCAGUUAAAGAUUUAAUGCUCCGCUUCCUUGGUGAACAGGAGGCAAUGAAAAGACAAGUUCUCAAUACCAACUCUGUGGAGCAGUCUUUUCAGGGCUUAAAGCAAUUGAUUAGCACAAAAAACUGGAGAGCAGCAGUUGAUCUGUGUGGACGACUUCUGACAGCCCAUGGUCAAGGCUGUGGCAAAAGUGGAUUACCCACCAGUCACACAACAGACUCGCUUCAGAUUUGGUUUGUAAGACUAGCGCUCCUGGUGAAACUGAGUCUGUACCAAAAUGCUGAAAUGGAAUUUGAACCAUUUGGAAACCUAGACCAGCCUGAUUUGUAUUAUGAAUAUUAUCCUCAUGUAUAUCCAGGACGCAAAGGGUCCAUGGUUCCAUUUUCCAUGAGAAUUUUGCAUGCAGAACUUCAACAGUAUCUUGGAAGUCCUCAGGAGUCACUUGAUAGACUACACAAUAUGAAAACAAUCUGCACAAAGAUUUUAGACAAUUUGGAACAUGGCUUAGCAGAAGAUGGAAGCAUGACCAACAUUACACAGGACAGCAGGCAAGCCUCUGUUCAGCUGUGGAGGUCACGUCUGGGCCGGGUGAUGUACUCCACGGCAAACUGCCUGCUAAUGAUGAAGGACUAUGUGCUUGCUGUGGAGACAUAUCACACCGUCAUGAAAUAUUGCCCAGAGCAGGAGCCUCAGCUGUUGAGUGGAAUUGGAAGGAUUUUCCUGCAGAUUGGAGACAUUAAAAUGGCUGAAAAGUAUUUUCAAGAUGUUGAAAAAGUGGCUCAGAAAUUGGAUGGACUGAAGAUCCAAAUUAUGGUUUUAAUGAACAGAGCAUUUCUGCAUCUUGGUCAGAAUAACUUUGCAGAAGCUCACAAAUAUUUCACAGAAAUUUUGAAGAUUGAUCCAUCCAAUUCUGUGGCUAACAACAAUGCUGCUGUUUGUCUUCUUUAUCUGGGAAAACUGAAGGAUUCCCUCCGUCAGCUGGAAGGGAUGGUUCAGCAGGAUCCUAAACACUACCUCCAUGAGAGCGUUCUCUUCAAUUUGACAACCAUGUACGAACUUGAGUCUUCUCGCAGCAUGCAAAAGAAACAGGCUCUACUUGAAGCUGUAGCUGUCAAAGAGGGUGACAGCUUCAACACGCAAUGCCUCAAGUUAGGAUAAGCCCAUCCAUAUUUUUUACAAAAGCUCAUUUCAGAAGCUGUAUAUAGACCUCGGCUAGUCUGUAAAUGUUCCUCCAGCAAGUGCAAUAAAAAAGCUCUUUAAUUAUGAAUAUAUGGUAAAAUUAUAAAUACAUGGUAAAAUUAUUGUAAUAUAGGAAUUUAUACACUGGUCUGUAUAUCACCCUCAGGACUUCCUGUUAAUCUACCAUCAAAUUCAUCCUUGAAGUUACUGCCAGCUUAUAGUGUAUACCAACCAUCAAAAUUAUUCAGAUGGGCUUUUUUCCUGUUAAUAGCGACCUAUAUAAGAUAAUUUGUCCCGAUGGCUUUUGUUCUAAAGACAUCCAGAAUGUAGUGAUUGUGUGUAUAGAAUUGGAGGACAGUGGGGUGAUGAAUGGAAAAGGUUGCAAUAAAUUAGGAAAUUAUAAAGA